CCGUUGUUACACUUCGCCUGCCCCUCCGCUUCGUUGCACGUCGCAAACGUCGUCGCAGCGAGAGAAGACCAGCCUGGCAACCGCCAUAUAACCAUGUUCAGCUGUGUGGGAGUAAUCUCAUCACUCCUCCUGCUGGCCCACCACGCCUGCGCUGAGCCCGGUUUCAUCUACAACGCCCCAGCUCCCUCUCCCGAGGACGGUCCUCCCCUCUCCGCCCACGCAUCGCGAAACAGAAGACUCCUCCCGGCCCAGAUCUGCGGCAUUGUCGGCGCCUACGUUGUCACCGUACUUAUCUGGGGCGUCCUGCUCCUCACCAUCGGCCGGAAGAUGAGACGCAACACAGAGACCUCGCCCAAGUCGCUGGACAUUGAGCUGGUCAAGGCCCGACCCUACGUCAACGCAACCCCAUUGUCGCCGCUAUCCUCCAAGUCUGCGACCUCGUGGUUCAAGCGAGGCUUCAAGAAGAGCACCACAAGUGUGAACAGUGUUGCCAGCAGCCCCAUCAGCCCCGACGACGCAAAGAGUCCUACUUCUUUCGACCAAGCCAUCGUCGACUCUGCCAAAGCACAACGCCAGUCCGAGAUGGAACGACUCUAUGCGGCAGUCAUGGACCAUGACGCCAAAAAGAAUUCAUAUAGCGCAGUUUCGACCGCAACACACGAUAGCGAUGAAGAUGAUAGCCGGGCGAAGAACCAACAAGAGCAAGCACAGAGCCCGCCCAGAGGUGCAAGGAAGCUACCUCCAAUGAUCAAUACAUCAGGAGAGGGGAGACUCGUCAUGCCGAACUACAGCAACCCUACGAGCCCUACCAGUCCCCGAAGCCCUGUCAAGGCCAUUUACCCACCGAAUUUCCACCAGCCUCCUGCGACUGCGCCGCUACCCCGCGCACCAUCCAGUCCAUCCAAAACGAUUCCCGCCAGCCCACGCAGUGUAUUGUCAAAGAAGGACCGAACACCGUCUAUGAGCUCCGCAAGCAGCAAAUCGCGACUUGGCUUGAAGAAUCUGCGGAUUUCUGGACCCAUUCAGAAGUACCCUGGCGAGAGCGUCUACGAUGAGGCACGCACACCCCUCUCUCCCCGCUUUUACAACCCUCCUGCGCCACCAUCUCCCCCGGAUAUGUCACCAAUUACUCCCGCAUCCCCUGAAGGAGACUACACGUAUGAAGGUCUUGACAAGGUGCAACCACUACCUCGUCCAGCGCCGCAACGUACUGGUUCCUCCUACAGCAACCCACCAGCCAUUGGGUCUGCGCCUACUUCAUCGCCCGGGAAGUCUGCUGGAGGGGCUCUGCCCUUCCGCGCUUAUGGUGACGGAGCCGCCGCCUUACCGUCCACCAAGACCACAUAUCUUGACCGAAGGCGAGACCAGCUGUCUCUGCAGACGCCCCGUACAGGUGUGCCUGCCACCCCAUACAGUCCCUACAUGCCUUUCACGCCCAUUACACCGAUCACGCCUCAUCUGGUCGGCAAGAAGGAGCGCAAGGCGAUGAAGAAGAUGGAAGGGAAGAAGGUCGCGACAGAGAAUGACAUUGUGCAAAGUCCGAAGGAGAUUUUUGGAGACGCGUGGUAAUUUGGGUGUGGGCACGACGAUUUGGAGCAACAUGUCUCUACCAUUUCAAUGUACAAUUUUUCCUCUUCAUAGCCUUGACAGGCACUGGGACGGCGUUGCAUUAUUGGAUUAUGUGGGAAGCGAAUCAGGGGAUGCCCGGCUGAAUGGUCGUUGGCAGGCGGAGUUUUUGUUCGAGGAGACUUCGUUUUAACGAUUUUGCUGAUGAUGUUUAUUUACAG